CGCCGUGGCUGCACUGAGCUGAGCUGAGCUGCUGGAAGUGGAGCUGCGGGCUGGUUUCUCUCACCGUCUCAACCCGAAAUACACUCCAAACGCUGAUUUUCACACGCAGAUGAAGAUGAUGAAGCUCAUCUGUGGAAUAAACAGCCUGGAGAGGGACACGGUGUGAGGAUAGGACUGGCUUAGUGUGUGUGUGUGUGUGUGUGUGUGUGUGCACGCGGAGAGAGAGUGGAUGAAAUCAUGUCCGUCUCAGCCAAGCAGGAAAGGACAGUGUGUGUCCUGCUGCCCACCAAGGAGACGCUGGACAUCACUGUGGGGCUGAAGGCUACAGGACAGGAGGUCUUCUCUCACGUCUCUGAGCUUCUCGGCGUGAAACAGCUGCACAACUUUGGUCUGACGGUUGUCAAAGACAAUGAGCACAUGUUUCUGGACAUGGAGGAGCGGCUGGCCAAGUACUUCCCCAAGGAGUGGAAGCAGGACUCGGCAAAGGGGUCUCAGAGGAGGUGGCUCCCCCCGCUGCUCUGUCUGAAAGUGCAGUACUAUGUGGAGAACGGUAGGCUUAUCUGUGAGCGGAAGGCGAGGAGGCUGUACUACGCUGAUCUGAGAGAGCGAGUCCUGCGAUCAGAAUGCCGACAGCAGGAGGAAGUCUAUUUCCAGCUGGCGGGCUACGCUCUGCAGGCCGAUCUAGGAGACCACCCUCCGGAGGACCUUGGCCAGCGAGUCGCUCCAUACUUCCAGCCCAAGGACUACUUCCCUCCCUGGAUUGUGGCUAAGCGUGGUGUGGAGUACCUGCUGUGUCAUGGGCCGAAGGUGCACCGGGAGCUGUGGGGGAUGCCCUCUCGAGACGCCAUCCUCCUCUUCAUCAGGGAGUCCUGCCGUUUGGAGGACGUGCCCGUCACCUUCUACAGGCUCCACAAGGACAAGAGAGAGGAGAAAGGCUCUGCCCUGCUGGGACUCACCCUGCGAGGAAUGCAGGUUUAUCAGGAGAUGAACAACGUACGUGAGCUGCUGUACGACUUCCCCUGGACCAACGUGGGGCGACUCACUUUUCUGGGGAAGAGGUUCGAGAUCCAGCCGGACGGGCUGCCCUCAGCGAGGAAGCUGAUUUACUACACCGGCUCGGCUUUCCGCUCUCGCCACCUUCUCCUCCACCUGAGCAGCAGCCAUCGCCUCUACCUGAGCCUGCAGCCCGCCAUCAAACACCUGCGGCAGCUGGAGGAGGCCGAGGAGAAAAAGAGAUACAGGGAAUCGUACAUCAGCGAUGACAUGGAUCCAGACCCCCCCUGCAGUGAGGGCAGCCCCCGCCUCUCCAGACAUUCCACCAGCAGCUCCGGCAUCGAGGCUGACGCCCGGCAACGCAGCGCCUCCGUGGAGAUGGUCUCUGUGGAGGAGGAAGAAGCCCUGAGACGGACGGAGAAGUCCUUCAGCUCGGCGGCCAGUCACGGCUCCUCCCACACGUCCGGCAUCGACACUGGCAGCAAAGCCCGCACUGAGGAGGAGGAGUGGCAGGACGAAGAUUUUCAGCACCAUGUGGACGGACCUGGAGAGGUUUCUGUGGACGAUCCGGAGGAGAUGCUGCGACUGGCUGAGCUGCUUCAGGGCGUGUCCAUGGAUUGCCCCUCCCUCGGCUCAGAGAUGAACGCAGGAGACGUACAUUUAAACCUUGUUCAGGCGACGGACGGUCCAGCAGAACCCUGUGACUCCAGCACCGCAGAGCAGGUUCUGAAGUGGAAGUCUCGAGGUUCUGCUGACCGGCACAGUCAGAGUUUGGAUGACGUCCGUCUUCUGCCUCGUCCUCUCCCGCUGGCUACCCUCGCCAGCACCUCCCACAGCUACACCUUCGGACUCCCCGACGCUCCGGACUGCACGGAGUUCGGCUCUUACCCAGCGAAGCCCUCUUUCUACGGCCGGCGCUCCAUGAACUGCCUGGCCCUGGACCUGCUGGAGGAUGACCAGCUCCUGGAACUCGUUCUGUGACCGUUGGAGUGAACAGUGUCGUGGCCAGGAGCUGAGAGAGCGGUCAGGAUGGAGACCGUACAGAGAGGGUUCUUUGGUGCAGCUCAUAGAGGAACCACUUUAGAACCUUUCAGUGGAGGCGUGGUGGUUUUAGUGAGAGUGUGAAGAACCUUUUCAAUGUAUAAAGAUCCUGAUCUAAAAGUUGUUUCCCCAAGAACCAUAAGCGCAAGCUGAGAACCACGGAGAACCUCUGAGGAACCCUGUUUGUGAGGGUGGAGUCACUCAGAUAAUGAGAAAAUGAGCCUCUUAAUGUUCUGAUGUUACACUGUUUCACUGUGAGGCUGUCGGUCAGUCAGCUGUCAGAAUCCUGAGCUGAGUAUUUGUUCCUGACGGACGCUGUUUGCACAGUCCAGCCUCCAGCUCAAAGGAUCAGGAGGGUGACGGUGAUGACCUGCGACCUCAGGAUCAAAGAGGUGUUUAGAAAGCAUGUGCUGCAGGCAAUGAAGCACCACUUACAGGGGAAUUCCACCGAUUUUUAAAAAUUCAUCAUAGUUCAGUCAUUGAGACGUGAACACAGUGAUUCAGAGUGGUUUAUAUAGAAUGUA